GUUUCAGAAGUUUUUUUUUUUUCAUUAUCAGAAAUGGAAGUCUCUAAAAUUUGUCCCCUGUGGAUCCAUAUUUGGCAUGCAAAUUUGACCAACAUAACCUCUUAUACUUCGUAUUUUGUUUCCCUUCCAGUUCCAGUGGGACCCAACACAAUACGGAGUAGUUGUGCAAGAAAGAAAAGCAAAGAAGAGAAAACGUAGUUCUGUAGCGGAAAUGGGGAAGAGUAAUCGACGGAGGAAGAAAGAAGAAGUGUCAGAGGACUGGUGUUUUGUCUGCAAGGAAGGCGGAAACCUUAUUCUCUGUGACCACAAGGAUUGCUUAAAAUCAUAUCACCCUCAUUGUGUUGGAAAGGAUGAUUCGAUUUUAGACUGUGACGAGAGUUUCAAAUGUGAUUGGCAUAUCUGCUUCAUUUGCAAGAAAGCUGCAAAGUUCCACUGCUUUUGUUGUCCACGUGCUGUUUGUGGAAUGUGUAUGGCUGAAGCAGAAUUCAUUGCUGUAAGAGGCAUCAAAGGAUUCUGCUGCAAUUGUCUUAGGUUUGCCUUACUUUGGGAGGAAAAGAAGGAUGUCGACUCAGAUGGGGAGAAGGUAGAUUUUACAGAGAAAGGAACUUGUGAAUUUCUCUUUAUGGAUUAUUGGGAAAUUAUCAAGGAAAAUGAGGGGUUGAAACUGAAAGAUCUCCAAAAGGCACACAUUAUGUUGAAGAAAGGCAACAGCUACUUGGAAGAUAGAGAUGAGUUUGCAAAUGGCAACCAAGAUGUGCUGAAUUUGAAUAGUUUUGAAGACUGGGAAUGGGAGCCUAUAGAAGAUUAUAGUCCUACAAAGAAAAGGAAAAAUAAGUCAACAAAGCCUUUUUUGAGAAGGAAAGUCUUUGUGCAGUCUGCGGAGAAAGCAAAUUCGAACAAAAAGGAGUUCAUAGGCUGGGCUUCUAAGCCACUCAUGCAUUUUCUUACAUCUCUUGGUGUUGAUACAAGCACAGAAAUGUCACAGUAUGAUGUAUCGGACAUUGUUACCAAGUAUGUAAAUGAAAAAGGGCUUUUAGACUCGAAGAAGAAAAAAACUAUUAAUUGUGACUCAAACCUAAGAUCUCUGCUGGGGAAAAGCUCAGUGAAUAAGCAUAGAGUAUUUCACCUUUUAGAGGCCCAUUUAGCUGCAAACCAAGAAGAAUUGUCAGAAGAUGUUGCGUGCAGCUCAAAAGAAGAUGAAAAUCCCUUAAGUUUAUGUGAAAGGAAGAACAAAAGAAAUCCAGGUGGACUCCAACGUAAGGAGAAAGUGAUUUCAAGGGGUAGCAUGGCAUCAAUAGUUCCAGAAAACAUCAAGCUUGUGUUCUUGAAACGAAGCCUGGUGGAAGAGAUAUUGAAGAAAUCUGAUGCUUAUGACACCAAAGUUAUUGGUAGUUUUGUAAGGGUCGAAUCGGAUCCAGAUGACUAUAUGCAACAAAAUUGUCAUCAGCUUGUGGAAGUCACUGGCAUUAAAAAGCGACCCGUUGGAGGAGAGAAGAUGGAAAUUCUUCUCCAAGUUUCAAGCAUGCCAAUUGAUAUUAGCAUCUGUAUGAUAUCUGAGAGUGACUUUACCAAGGAAGAGUGCGACCAAUUGCAUCAAAAACUUAAAGAUGGACUACAUAAGAAGCUUUCUGUUGUGGAACUUGAGCAGAAGGCCAGGAUAUUGCGUGAAGACAUUAUCAAGCAUUGGAUUGUGAAGGAACGUGCACUAUUGAAGAAUUUAAUUGACAAGGCAAAUGAGAAAGGAUGGAGAAGAGAACUUGCGGAGUAUACUGAAAAAGUAAAACAGCUUGAAUCGGAACAAAAACGCUUGAUAAAGCAGAUUCCAGAAGUAAUAGCUGAGGAUGUAGAGGUUGAAGCUAAUUCUGUCAGUGCUAACGAAAGCAGGAAAACAUGUUUUUCUUCUGGCAAAAAUCUAGAUGGAGUAGAACCUGCAGCAUGUAAUCAGGAGAAUCCCAUCUUGUCACCUGGCAUAGGAGAAGAGCUCCAUUCUGCAGCAGCACAAAGUGAAGAUGAUGAUCCUGAAUCCUGAUACAGAAAGGGAAAAUCAAGGGUCAGAUCACUUUGAAUUUCAGACUGAUGAGUGAUGAGGAACAAACAACCCAGGUGGUGCAAGGAACUGAUGAUGUUGAAUCUGAGAAAGAUGUGGAACUAAAAACUGGGGUGGUAGAGAUGAUUGAGUUAUGUGAUGAUGAGAAAGAUGUGGAACUUAAAACCGGGGUGGUGGAGAUGAUUGAUUUAAGUGAUGAUGAUGAUGAGAGAUAGAGGAAGAAAAUCAGAAAGCUUGCACCUGCAGAAACAGAGGUUGAUGCAUAGUAUUAGUAUUACUAUUGCAUGGGUCUCAACUCUCAACUCUCAAAUCUCAAAUCUCAAAUCUCAAAUCUCAAAUUUUGGAAGAAGAUAGAGUGCCUUUAUUUGCCAGACGCUUGUUGAUUAGUCGAGCAGUCCCCUCUUAAUUAUGUUAUUAUUUAGGUGUAUGGGUAAACAAGCGUUAUAAAUGGUAAGUAGAUACCACGUAACUUAAGGUAGCAGGUUCGUAAUACCUGAUGUAGCUUCUGCCAACUUCAUAUUAUUUAACUUUUUGGGCUCCCUAAA